AUGUAUUCACUUAUUUUCCGAUUAGCCAGACAAUAUGUGAAGACUCAUUUUUGGUUGAAAUUCGAAGGAUUCAAACGAUAUCGCUUACAAAAUCUAACGAUUUGUUGGGCACACGCUGUAGUUGUCGGUUUGGGAGACCUAGUUCUAAUGUUUAGUCAUCCUCAUGAGAUCUUUCAUGAAGUCAUCGAGUGGUACGAUCCUAUCGCAGCUCAGCUUCCACUCAUCUCAGUAGCCUACUUCUUUCAAGAUGCCAUUGAUAUGUUGAUGUAUGAAUGGUCAAGUUACACACUAGAGUUAUUACUUCAUCAUUUUGCCACGUGUGCUGCAUUGGUUUGUCCCGGAGUUACGGGUCGAUUCACACUGGCUGCUGGAUGGGCACUACUGAUGGAAGUUAACAGCAUCUUCCUACAUGCUCGAACGAUUCUUCAAAUCUGUGGACUCAAUACUCAAUUUCCUGGAGUAUUUCGUUUUGUUGUCUACUCAAAUAUCAUCAGUUUCUUCUUCUUCCGAAUCGUCUCUCAACUCCUCUGGACUCAUUGGGCCAUUUACAAUGUGCCAGGUCUCCAUUGGUAUUUCGAGAUGAUCGGUUUGCUAGGACCAGUCGUUUUUGGUUGUAUCAAUGGACUGUUAUUCAUGAGAUUGCUGGCUUCUGAUGGAUUCUUACCAGAGAGUUUGCGAGCAAAGUUCAUGGUGACUCGAGAUAAAAAUGAUGAGCAAGACAAGGAGAAGAAGAAGACAACGUAG